CACGUCAGUUCAGAUAGACACUCACACACGUGCGCACACACACAUUUAUACUCACCCUGAUGUGUGUCUCCUUGUCUCUGUGUUUGCAGUGGUGCCUCUGCUGCUGCUGUUAUGUCAGUGUAGGGGAGGAGCCUUCGCUGACCAGUUCACUGACCUGCCGUUCAAUGCCAAGGAAUACCUCAUAUCCUACCACACUGAGGGAAAGGGAAAGGAUAAGGAGAUGCCCCUACUCAGUGUUCCUACAACUGGAACUGAUGGAAGGGCUGCACUAGGAACACUAGGAUCAGAAUCAAUUCAGGCAGCAAACAUCGCCACAAAAUCCUCACGUAAUACUACAAACACUAUACGCCAGACCAGUGGGGUCUCCAGUGAGGACAUGCAUACACUGCGUCGGGAGCAGAGCCACAGGCCUAUGGGCAUGGAGAUGGGAUACACCUAUGGACUCCAGAAUUGUGGAAGCUUUGAGGCUAGUAUGGGGCUGGGAAGCAACACAAUGCUUUCCAGAUAUGCCACACAUACCUCACAUGUCAAACAAGACAUCUAUGAGGACAUAGCACUCCCAUGUGAUUUCCUGGAUGACUACUACUCACAGAAAGUGGCAUGUGCAUCUCAAAACCCUCCACUGAAAGACAGUAUGUUGGUGUAUGACUAUGAGGGUCAGGGCUCUCCUGUGGGCUCGGUGGGCUGCUGCAGCCUCCUGGAAUCUGACAAUGACCUCCAGUUCCUCAAUGACCUGGGGCUAAAGUUCAAGACCCUGGCUGACAUCUGCUCUCCUCCAAAACCUCAACCCAAACCUCAACCCAAACCCAGAAUGGUGGAGCGCAUCGUCGAGCCAAAACUCCCUGAAAUCAAAAGAGAGAGCAUCAUCACCACCAGCAAUGUUAACAUCACCAAAUCUUCCGUUAGCAAUGUCAAUAUAAACCAAUCGUCCACCAGCACCAGCAGAGUCAAUAUCUCCCAACCACCUCCCACCAGUCCCUCUGCCACUGGGGUUAGUAACUUCUCUAACGUUAGUCAGUCCGCCACUUUCCCACCCCCCCCUACCCAGACGAUUCUGCUGCAACAGCAGCCUAUGUACUACACCACCAUGCAGCCUUUGAUGCAGCCCAUGAUGCAGCCCACGAUGCAGCCCAUACAGUAUGUACUGGCUGAUGGCAGCUCUGCCACCAACCUAAAGCGUAUGGUAGUGCUCAACGGGCCCCCUGGGUCUGGAAGCAUGGGAAGCCUGGGAGGCCUUGUCAUCCAAGGCAACAGGGUCAUAUCAGAGACCUCCACUUGCCCUAUCAGUCCCAGUAGCCCAGGAAGCCCCACCAUGCUGGCGCUGGGUAGUCCCGGAAGCCCCGGGUGGAUCCAAGGCUCCCUACGCAGGGGUGGCCUGGGAGGCCUGUCUGUAGUGGGGCACAGCCCUGAUGGUAACUAUGUUUACAUGGAAAGGCAGGUUAAUGUAAGUGGAGAGCCCCAGGUGUGGUCUGGGGUCCCAGGUGUACCUUCUCAGGGCAGUUUGCCCAGGGGUGCGUUCCUGGUGAAGGAGGCUGCUCCCCCUCAGGGGGUUGUAGGCCUGGCAGCCCAGGAGUCAGUUGAGUCAGUGGCAGAGAUUGAGAGGAAACUGGUGUUUGAGGGCCAUGGUGAACCAGGCAAAACACUAAGAGUAGAAGUAGAUGAUAGUGAGAAUGUAGCAGGAGAGGAGGUGGAGUCUGCUGUUGAGACAGUUGAGGAAGUGGAGGCUAGUGCUGACCAACAGACAGAGUCCACAGUAGCUACAGAAGAGGUUGAGUUCCCUAGCAAAGAACUGGCCGAGGAGCUAGAGGUGACCCCUUCAACACCAGAGGCUGCAGGUGAGGUUGCUGUUGAGGCAAGUGAGGCUAUAAGUGCAGUGGCAGGUGCAGCAGUGGAUGAGACAGUAGUGGAGGCUGCGGGUGAGACAGCAGGUGAGGCAUCAGGUGAGGCCGCAGGGGCGGCUGGUAGGACAGAACAGGCCCCAAAGCCAUUGGCUUCAUCUUUCCGUAACAAAUUCAGGAUGGGCUCCAAGAAAGAAUCUACUCCCAAGAGUCCAAAGAGUCCCACAGCAAAGUGCAAGCAACAGUGA